AAUCAAAGAUGGGAUGGUCACGUGGGUUUUGAGGACCUCUGGGUUAGGUGAAGUGCUUAAUCAAUUAUCUAACGCCAUGCAAUUCCCACACUGAAAUGAUUACUUGUGCAUAAUUAAAUACUGUCAUCUUUCUGCUACGGAACCCCAUUACUCACUUCUCCUUCAGUUUCCUCUCCGUUUGCUUCAGUUUCCUUGGAGUUCUCCUCCUGCUCUGGUACUGAAAAGCAAAGGAACAAUGUCUGAUAAAAUCACUGCUGCUGAGAACCUUCUUAACAGCCUUGUAGAUACAGUUACCGAGAAGAAAAAAUCUGUUUCAUUCUUUGAGGAAGAGAACUCAAGCUCAGUGAGCACUCAUUUCAGAAGACUGUUUGGACGUGAGAAGCCCGUGCACCAUAUAUUGGGGGGUGGAAAAUCUGCUGAUGUCUUGUUAUGGAGGAACAAGAAGAUCUCUGCAAGUGUCUUAGCUAGUGCAACCCUUUUGUGGGUGCUUUUUGAAUGGCUUGACUAUCAUUUCCUGACUCUUGUAUGCUUUGCUCUGGUUCUUGGCAUGCUUGCACAGUUUCUUUGGUCUAAUGCUUCUGGCUUGAUUAAGAGGGAACCAUCUAAAGUUCCUCGUCUUGUUAUCCCAGAGGAUUUGUUUGUCAACAUUGCAACUGCAGCCGGUUCUGAGAUUAACCGAGGUUUGGGGUUUCUUCAAGAUGUUGCUUGUGGAGGAAAUAUGAAGCAAUUUCUUAUUGUGGUAGCAAGCUUAUGGGCUGUAGCUAUCAUUGGAAGCUGGUUCAAUUUUAUAUCUGUAAUAUAUAUUGGUUUUGUUGCUGCACAUACACUGCCAGUUCUGUAUGAGAGGUACGAUGAUCAAGUAGACAGCUUCGUGUACCGUGUGUCUGAUCAGAUGCUGCAUAACUAUAAGAGGUUUGAUGCUGGAGUGCUCAGCAAAAUCCCCAAGGGAAGGUUCAAAGGGAAAAAAGCUUGAAUAGAUUUAUGGAUCUCUAAGAGGCUUUAUCUAUUUAGUAGUCAUACAGUGUCUCUCACUCACUCAUAAAAUGCCUAUAUUGAAUGCCUUGAACAAGUAACUUAAGUUAAAUGUUUAACUAGAAGGCUUACGCUCCUUCAAUUAUGAUGAACAAAAAAUUAAUUGAUAAA